AUGGUAGCUCCGCCCCUCUCCGGCGCUGAGACGGUUCUCCCGGCCUCUGCUCUUCCGCCGGGGCAGCAGGUGGUUCUGCAGCCGGUCGCAGGAGGUGCUCAACAGGAGCCACAGUCAGCACAGAUGACCACAUCUAUGCCAGCAGCUCCACAGAAGGCUUCAUCUAAACCCCUUCCCUUCAUCGUACCCAGAAUCCACGCAGUGCAAGGAAACACCGGCUCUACCUUGGGAAGUGUUACAGCUCUGGGUCUACAGAACGGUUUACUUGAACCAGGUGAAGAUCACAGUGGUCUGCUCUCAGAAGACAGUACUCCAGUUAUCAUUAAAGUAGAGUCUUACAGCGGUGACUCUUCCUCCAAACAUCCAUGCUCUGACCAGCCUGAGCCAGAGGAAAGAUCGGUGCACGUUAAGAUCGAGGAUGAUACGGACCAGUCCCUACAGAACAGCAGAGACUCGUCACUCCGUGCCAAAAUAGAGGAGCCUGACCAUGAGGCGAUCGCAGACGUCACUCAUCAUCUGAACACCUCUGAAAGCACGGAUCGCAGUGUUAAGGACACAGACAGAUCAUCCUCCAUUACUGAAGUCCAGCAGCAUCUGAGAGGACGAGAGGAGAUGAAGGACACAACCACUGGAAAGAGGAGGAGAAAACGACAGGCUCCGGACGAUCCACGAGUGGAUUCUGCUGCUGAAGUCAAUCAGUCCAGCUGUGCGUUCAUGUACUCCAGUGACGGAUGGACCACAGAGGACAGUAAUGACUGGAUCAGUGAGGAGGAAGUGGACAUCGAGACGUUUGAGGAGUACGAUGAGAAGAUGAACAUCAGCCUCUUAAGAGCAAGAGCGAGACGGAAAACACAGCAAGCAGCUCAGAGUCAGUGGCUUCUGAAAUGUAAAUCAGUUGGAGUGGACCAUCAUGUGGUGCGGCUGAUGUCUGAUCUGCCGCUGUAUAAGCGAACGUGGCGUCUGAAUCGAAUGCUCCGAGAACGGAAGCAGCUCGUUGAACUACAGCAGAGUUUGGACUCGCUGAAGAGGAUGCUGGGUGUUGAAGAAGACGUGAUGAUGAGCACUCAAGACCUGCUCCGAGAGGCUCGUCAGAUGAUCGGAGCUCUUGAGGAACACAACACCUCUCUGAUGGCCAGGAAACGGGCCUUGAUUCGACAGCAUUCUCACUAUCAGACUCUGAUCUCACAGCGCUCCGGUGCAGACGUGACGGGAACAGAAGAGAAAACAGCAGCUCCUUCAUCACCCAGAAGUCCUGCACACAGUCAGUCAGUGCUGAAGAGACGUUUGCCCGGCGUAAUCCUGCAGUCCUUCACCAAGACGUAGCCAGAGACGAGUGUGGUGCUCCAGAGAGCGAGGAGAAGAUCUCAUGAAAGCACCUGUCAUCAGUCAAGAGAGAGCGUGCAGGUGUGCCGCUUCUUCUUCACCUCAUCAGUACCACAGUAAACAUGAGAUCAGCAGGGUAUUCUGGAGUCACUCUUGUGUCUUCAAUAGCUCCAGCUGAGACCUGAAUCGUGUGCAUGGAGCAAUACUUUCAUUUUCUGCUAAUGAUGGAUAGAACUGGCCGUUUUUCACAUUUACAGCUUGUACAAUCUUUGUCAAAAGCAUUUGUGAAUUAAUAUUUCUCAGGAUAUUACUUGAUUAAC